GAGAAGAAUUGAAGACGCUAUAGUAUUCUGCCUGCUCGGAGAAUCUUAAAGAGCUUGGGUGAGGCUCCUGUUCCAAAACUAUCCACAGCUCGCUACUUUUGCACUUUUCCUUCGAUCUGCAAAUCUUUGCGUCUGCUCUAAGAGACUUUGAUGAGGUUCUAGUUUGUUCUUUUCUCGCCUUCCUGCCUGCACCGUCUCAAGGGCGAUGUUGUCACUCUUUGCCAGGUCUGCUCUCAAAACACACAGGGGAUUGGGGCCCUGGAGCCAUACAGUCAUCCGAGCCAUGUCGUCAUCCGAUGGUCCCACGCCCCCUUACACCACCCUGGCCAUCAGCCACCCAACUCCAACGAUCACACACGUGGAGCUGCACCGCCCCUCAAAGCGAAACGCCAUGAACAAAGCUUUCUGGAGUGAGAUGGUGGAUUGUUUUAACCAGAUCUCUGAUGACCAGGACUGCAGAGUGGUGGUGUUCUCGGCCGCAGGGAAGGUCUUCACAGCGGGUAUUGACCUGAUGGACAUGGCCGGCGAUAUUCUGCAGCCCGAAGGUGACGACACAGCUCGGAUAUCAUGGAACCUCAAAAAGACCAUCAGCAAGUACCAGAACACAUUUUCAGUUAUUGAGAGGUGUCCAAAGCCAGUUGUAGUUGCAGUACAUGGAGCCUGUGUGGGAGGAGGUGUGGACUUGAUCACCGCCUGUGACAUCCGUCUGUGCACCCAAGAUGCUUGGUUCCAAGUCAAGGAAGUGGAUGUCGGGCUGGCAGCGGAUGUCGGAACGCUGCAGAGGCUCCCAAAAGUCAUCGGCAGCCGCAGUCUUGUGAAUGAGCUGGCUCUUACCGCGAGGAAGAUGUAUGCAGAUGAAGCCUUGAAUAGCGGACUUGUCAGCCGAGUUUUCGCCGACAAGGAGGCCAUGAUGGCGGGCGCACUGGAAAUGGCCGAAGAGGUUGCCGCUCGCAGCCCCGUAGCCGUGCAAGGCACCAAAGUCAACCUAAUCUACUCCCGAGACCACAGCGUAGCGGAGGGACUCAACUACAUGGCGGCGUGGAACAUGAGCAUGCUGCAGACUCAAGAUCUGAUGAAAUCGGCUCAAGCCUCGAUCGAGAAGCAGAAUGUCAAAAGCAUCAAGUUCUCCAAACUGUGAAACGAGCUGACGAUGCUUAAACGUCCAAAGGAACACGAUCAUCAACCUGAAACACAUGCAGUCUCAGAACUUUUGUGGCAAAAAUAAGCUAAAAAGUGCACUUCUGAGAAAUGGCAUUGUAAAAAUACAUUUGUACAUGAUUUUGAAUGUUUAUAUUGAUCUAUUAAAUGCUUCUGAAAUUUGAAAGGGUGGGUUUUUAGACACUGAAGGGUUUCCUCAUGGUCUGAAUGGUUUCGUUGUAUCGGAUGGGAGUUUGAUAUACCUACUCCUAUUGUGGUUAUUAGGUUUUAUUAGGAGAAAGGGACGAACAGGAAAGGUAAUGGGGGGGACAAAUACAUUGGUACACGUCUAUGAACCAUUGUUUUCAUCAACAAUGAUGGAAAUAUUUCAUAAACAUUUUUUCUAUUACAGGACUAGCUAAAAACGUGUAUUGGGAGACUAAAAUGUAACGAAACGGAUGCCAAUUUUCAUCUGAGACGAGAAUUUCCGUCUUAUGUUAAAAAUGUGACAUUUUCUCAUUGUACGAGAAGUAAGACUUGCUGCGCCCACCCACUUACCACUGGGAGGCAUGCGCCGGUUACCAGUUUCAAGGUUUACCCUGGUGUGAAAAACAUCACGGUUUCCAAACCACUUAAAUUUUCUGUCAUACUGUAGUGCGGUUAUUAGCUAUUUUUUAUGUCCCCGAAAUGCAGGAAGAAAUAGCUUACAGCGCUUACCCCUCUCUCUCCGGUUUUUGCUCUGACGGUGACAGUGCUGUUGAAGCCACCUGAGCCUUUUCAAAACCCCCUCAAAAUGGUCUAGUAUGGGAGUAUUUGGGCUACUGAAAAGAAAGACGGCCGUGCCUUGGAGAAGGACAGCCAGGCUAAACCAGCAAUUUCACAUCAAUGUUACCAUCAUCCGUCACUUAACACAAAAUUGAAGUAAACGCCAUCAUGAACAAUUCCCACCAGCUACAAGAGUUCACUCAGUGUUUCGUGUGUCUAGCGACGGUAAAACAAGUAUUAUAACGCAGGCUAGUGAGCAUGCGAAGACGGCUAACUCGUUUCCUCAAUAACCUCACUAUAAGCGUACUUUUGUAGUCUUCCGCCAUUGGAAACAUCUGUUCAAAAUGGCAUUUUCAUAAUACUGACAGUGGUUUUUCUCUGCAGACUUUGUGUUCAGGGUGUGGGUGUGUAUAAUAAUGUGUAAAUAAUGAUAGACGAGUCAUACACGUGCGCUCAGUCUCUUAACUCUCGCUCUCCAUUAAUAUUCAACUAAUUAAUAUUAAUUGUAGUAGUGGUAUAUUAACCAAGAAAAUGUGAAAAUACAUUCCUGCAUAAUAACUUGCACUGAGAGAAAUAUGUAGAAAAUGAGCAAGACUAAAAAUGUUGAGAUGGAGCUUUAAAGUCAGUGACGUGCCUGAUAUACACAUAAUUUUUAUUUAGAAGUGUUUUUACUUUUUUAUGGAACUUUUUUUGGGGGGGAUCUAUUGUUCAGCAACUUGAGCUGUGGCUAUAGUCUUAAGUUCUGUUUCAAUUUUAUUUAAAAUGUUAUUUUCACAUUCAUGUCGAUGUUCCAAUUUGCAAAUAUGUUGUGAAAAAUCAAAAAAUCAUGUUCUGUGGAAUCUUUAUUAUCCCAUACAUCUCAAAAUAACACAUUUUAGGGCUAUAAUAGCAAUACCGUGAAACUGUGGUAUUUUGGCUCAAGCUAACUUACACCAUCAAAGUCUCAUACCAGCACAUGCCUUCCCACUGGUGUCCUCUCCAGACUUGCUUUUUUGGAAACGCAUGGUAAGAAUUAUCUUAACGAGAGAAUAUGCAACGUUACGUUAGGCUUUAAAGGUCUGUGCUGAGUGCUCAUUACUCACUAAAUGUGACUUGCAGCGUUGCCUAAAACACUUUAUUAUUAUGGCAUCUAGGUUAGUAGUAUUGAAUAUAACGUACCUUUUUUCCUGCAGAGUAUUAUCACCAAGCUUGCUUUGUCCUUGUACACACUACAAUAUGUGCUCAUUUGUCAAUGUUCUUUUGAAAUUGUUGAAUAUCUUUAUUUUUUAACUAAAACACUGAGUAAUUGUCGACUAAAACUAGAUGAAAGUUGUCAGUUUUCGUCAACAUAAAAUAGUCAUAUCAAAAUGUGUUUGUCUUCAUCUAAGACUAAUAGGUAUUCUUAUCCAAAAGACAAAGAUGAAAAAGGGCUGCAAAAUCAACACCGCUAUGAACAUAUUGGUGCUAUCGUUACCUUACCAUAUUUACCUUUGGACAUCGUGUGAUAACCAACGAGAAAGAGAACACAUUUGCUAUACACAUUUGAGAUUGACAUUUUUGUACAUUAACAUGGAUCUCCAAUGCUUGGUAUUUAGCGGAUUUUUUUGUAGCAUUUCAAUGUUUUAAGAUUAAUUUUGCUUUUUUUGCCGAACAACACAGGAUUUUACUUUUUUGAAGUAGCAUUUUUCUUUGUCAUUUUUCCCAGAAUUUCAUUUUCUUAAUUUACCAUUUUUUUCUUAGCAUUUUUUCCCCCUUCCUAAUUGUAAGUUUCUUGAUUGUGAAACUACCAUCUUGUAAAUACUGUAAAUAAUCUGUUGGCACUCACAAAGCUGCCACGAUUCACAGUUAUAAGCAAAAAAUCCCACCGCUAGACCGCCCAGUUCAAACAAAUUUGGAUAUCUAUGAGUACCUAUGAACUUCCAGUAGAAUAAGUUAAAAGCUUUAUUGAAACGAUAACUUAACACGGGUACAAAAAUCACAUUCAGUUGUUCAUUGUUGGGUCUGCUUGCUUCGGAGCUUCUCGAGGGUUUUCUGUACGUCAACAGAAAGGAAAUUGAAGUCAUUUGAGUGCUGUUCUUGAAUGCCACAGAUUAAAAGAGAUUUUAAUGUGUAAAUGUUGAUUGGGGUGAUU